AUGACGGAAAGAAAUCCAAGUGACCUCACAGUCGUUGAGUUAAAAAAGGCGUUGCGGGAGAUAAGUCUUCCGACAACGGGCUCAAAAGCGGAGUUGGUGGCGAGAGUAAUGAGCCACGACCCGUCGAGUGAGUGGAUGACGCGUAGAGAAGAGAGACAGAUUGACGGCGUAAACGAGAGGCGUAUUAGCGAAGAAGUAAGACGAGGCGAAAAAAUUGAGAGUGACGACAAUGAAUUGAGGUGUCUUCGGAGAGAGGUCGAAUUAUGCCGACGGGAGAAGGAGAUAGCAGAACGUGAGCUUCUGUUGGCCCGUCGAGAGAUCAAAUUUUUGCAGUUGAUGCAGAAUAGAAGUAACAGCAGAAGCGAACUUGCAGCUUCUGGAAGCUCGUUGAUUUCGCGUGAGUGUCCGACGCGAAUCAAUGUUACUGCAAUCGCCGACUUACUUAGUUAUUUUGAGGGCAAUAAUGAGACUUAUGAGGCAUGGGAAAAACGAGUUAGAUCGCUUCGCGACGCAUAUACGCUGACUGACGAAUUGGCAAAGAUUUUAAUUGGAUCUCGUUUGAGAGGAAAAGCUCAAGAGUGGUUUUACUCCAAUCCUGAUUUUACGGAAAUGACGACCGAUGAGCUCUUGGCCGAAUUGAGAAAAAUGUUUUAUCACGAGUCGAACCGAGUAAAGCUGCGCUGGCAGUUCGAGCGGCGCGUUUGGCGGAGAGACGAGACAUUCGGCGAAUAUAUUCACGAAAAGGUGAUACUGGGCAACCGACUGAGAAUUGAAGAGUCCGAGAUUGUUGACUACGGAAUCGAAGGAAUUCUUGAUCCAGUGCUGCGGAAUCAAGCCCGAAUUCAGCGCAUCAGAACGUUGACUGCAUUGACGGAAUCGUUCGAAGGAGUGGCGCUGCGUGCGGAAGGAGUUCAACCUGUUCGUGCAGGCAGAAAGGAACAACGGGCGCAGGGAGGUAAUGAGAGGAAAAGUGGAGAUGCGACGGCGAGCGGGAGACGGUGCCACAAUUGCAGUAUACAGGGACAUUAUGCGGCGGACUGUCCUUCGAAAUCUAGAGGUAUAAAAUGUUACAAUUGCAAGGAGUUUGGGCAUAUUGCUGCGAAAUGUCAAAAACAAAAUAGUCGAAUUAAAGAUGCGUGUGAUGUGUCAGAGUCGAGUCGCGGCAAGUAUUAUAAAAAUGUAAAAAUCGGAGACAAAAAUAUCGUAGCUUUAAUAAAUACGGGAAGUGAUUUAUCAUUGAUGCGUGCGGAUCAGUAUUUGAAAUUAGAAUCUCCUGAUUUAACAUCUCCGAGCAUGGUGUUUCGUGGUAUCGGUUUGGAUGAAUAUAAAACGCUAGGCUCGUUCGAAGCAAAGAUAGAAAUUGACAAUGAGAAUUUCUCAAUAAAUAUAGCGGUAGUGCCGAAUGGCCUGAUGCGACAUUCUCUGCUUAUAGAAACUGACUUUAUCGAUGGUAUAAAAUUGCAUAUUAAAAAAGAAGAUAUCAUAAUUCGUAAACCGCGUUCGAGAAUCGAGUCUUCAACCGAUAUUCACGAGAUAUUAAAAAUAGAUUGCAUCGAGACAAGCGACGUUGUAGAUUUGACGCACGUGUCAACCGAACAUCGAGGCAUCAUUGAGGAAUUAAUUAAUAAUUACAAACCAGAAAAGGCACGCGAGAUAGAUGUCGAACUAAAUAUAAUUUUGAAUGAUAAAGGACCCGUUUAUCAGAGACCCAGACGUCUGUCGCCGACGGAAAAAAAAGAGGUAAACACGCAUAUAACCGAGUGGCUGGAAAAGGGCAUUAUUCGAUCGUCUCUAUCGGAUUAUGCAAGCCCCCUGGAUGCGCUGCAGGGAGCUAUCGUGUUUAGCACUAUCGACUUGAAAAAUGGAUUUUUUCAUGUUCCGGUAGAAAAAAAAAGUAGAAAAUAUACAUCGUUCGUGAUCCCGGAUGGACAGUACAAAUUUCGCUAUACACCUUUCGAACUGUGUAAUUCACCGGCGAUAUUCCAAAAAUUUAUUAAUGCCGCUUUUGAUAAUGUAAUUAAAAACGGUUUAAUUUUAACAUAUAUGGACGAUCUAAUUAUUCCAUCCAAGAGCGUCGAAGAUGCGAUUGCGAGUCUUCAAAAAGCAUUGCAAGUAGCGAAAAAGGUUGAUAUUAAUUGGAAUAAAUGCAAAUUUUUAGUGACUAAAGUCGAGUUUCUCGGUCAUGUAGUCAAAAAUGGCACAGUGCGCCCUUCGGAACAUAAAACUGACGCGGUAAUAAAAUUUCCAGAGCCGAAAAAUAUUAAACAGCUGCAAAGUUUUUUAGGAUUGACGGGAUAUUUUAGAAAAUUUAUUAGAGACUACGCUUUGAUCGCAAGAUCGCUGAGCGACUUAUUAAAGACGAACACCNAAUUUAUUUUUCGAGAGAAAGAAAAAGAAGCUUUGAGUCGAUUAUAA